CGCGGCGACACAUCCAGAAAUCACCGCAAGAAUCCGCGCCAGCACCAGCACUAGCAGCAGAGCCAAAGCAACCAGAGUGUUCGCCGUUGUUCCUCUCUCUCCCCGAUCGUACCAGCUGCGUACGAGCAUCCAAGAAGAAUCGAAGGUGAUGCCUACGCCGCCGCUCCGGACCGUGCACCUGCGCCGGUCUCCCUCGCCGCCCGACGCCGCGCCAGAGUCGGCGGCCAUCGCGGUCGACGGAGGCGGCGGGGUGGACCUCGCCCUGGCGGGCCGCGCGCUGGGGCUUGACCCCGCCAGCGUCCGCCUCAACAGCUACUUCAUCAGCCGCGGCCCCGACCACGUCUCCACGGCGGUCACCUGGGGCGCGCUCCUCGCCUUCUUCGCCGCGCGCGGGCUGCCCACCGGCGCCGACCCCGCCGCGCCCGUCGCCGUCCGCGGCAGGCCCGCGCCUUCGCCACCACGCCCAGAUCCUAGAGUUCUUCAGUCCUCGAAGCGUAAGUCUGGGUUGGAGACAGAAAAUUGUUCCAAGAAGAGCAAGCUCCAACACAACAGCUCGGCUCUUUCAAAAUCUAGUGAGGAGCUACUUAGUGAUGAGAUCACCCUUGGUUUGAAGAGAAGACUCAGGUUGGACGAUAUGACUCCAUGUAAGAGGAUCAAACAAGUAGACUACAACUCAGAAACACAGCAGCCAGUCAAAUUCUCCUGCAGCUUCAUCAACGGGCAUGGAAAGCGGGCACGAGAUGAGGAGAUGGUCACCUCACUCCCAUGCAAGAGAGUCCGGUGAUAUGCCGAAUCUAUCCUGCAGACUGAGACUUUUGUGUCACAAGUCUUGGUUACUCGAAACAACUCGCAGAGCUAAGAUUAUGUGAACUGACAUGGAUAAGGCUUAAAGCUAUGUGUAGAUGUGUAGAUUGGUCUGGAGCCAUAGUUUCAGGUUUGUAUCAAGUGCCAGUUGCAACCGUUGUAAGAUUUAGUAUUUCUUGUUUACAUUGGUGUGUUUGUAUGA